AUGCUCACCUUUCCUCUCUCGCUAUGCAUGUUUCCCCUUGCCGCAGUUCUCGGCUCUGCGGCACCGUCCAUUCAAAAUGGCGGUGGUACAACCUCUAGUUGUGCUUCUAUACCGGCCCCCCAUGUCCCAGGAGCCAAAGUCUUGUCAGUAAAAGGCUAUGAUCGAAUGGUCCAGGUGCCUGGCAGCGCACCACUGCACUCCAACAUAACCCUCAGCAUUUGCAAUGUCGAUGUCGCCCUCACGCAUAAAGGAGUCAAUGAUAAAGUUCUAGUCACAGUCUGGCUGCCUACUCCCGAGAAGUGGAAUGGACGCUUCCAGGCCACGGGAGGAGGUGGAUUUGGCGCCGGCUUCUUUGACCUCUAUCUUGGUCCUGCCGUCGCUGAAGGAUAUUCCAGUGCUUCAACCGACGCCGGUGUCACGGUGGACCCCUGGGACGUCAGUAAAUGGGCUCUGGAUAAAGAUGGCAAAGUCAACUAUGGCUUGUUGGAGAAUUUCUCCACCCGAUCGAUACACGACAUGGCCAUCGUCGGGAAAGCUGUAACGAAGAGCUAUUAUAAGAAGCCGGCCAAUUAUUCCUACUUCAACGGUUGCUCCAACGGUGGUCGACAGGGGAUGGUGGAGGCUCAGAAAUAUCCAGACGACUUUGACGGCAUUUUAGCAAAUGCACCAGCCGUUUACUGGCCACAACUUCUCGCUGCAGACGAAUGGCCACAAGUCGUUAUGCAAUCUGAGAAAACGUUCCCAUCUGAAUGUGUGUUUGAGGCCUUUAGAAAGGCCGGUAUCGCCGCCUGUGAUAAAUUGGAUGGAGUGGAGGGCGGGGUGAUCUCAAAUAUCGACGACUGCGAUUUCAACCCCCUCGCUCUGGCCGGUAAGAAGGUGGAAUGUGGUGGGAAAUCGACCACCAUUACUCUUGCUGAAGCCUGGGUCGUUAAGAAAAUCCACGACGGCCCCAAGACCACAUCCAAGCGGAAACUGUGGGAUGUAGUGCCAGUGGGAGCCUUCUAUAACGGCACUGCCAACCACACUCUUGUGAACGGAGCUCCCCAUAUUGCCCCAUUUCUCGUUUCUAGCUCCUGGAUCAAGUAUUUCUUGAAGAAGGAUCCGAACUUUGACCUUUCCACCCUCACGUACGCCGAUAUUCCCAAGCUGCUUAAACAAGGUGUCGAUGAGUUUGAAGGGAUCACCCAGUCAGGCAACACCGAUCUCUCUGCUCUCCAAAAGAGCAAGACUAAGCUGCUCACCUGGCACGGUUUGGCAGAUCAACUCAUCCAUCAUCAGGGUACGAUUAAAUAUCGCAAGGAGGUCGAGCGUCGAUUGGGAGGCGGAUCCAAGGUAGACGAGUUCUACCGUCUCUUUUUGGCUCCAGGUGUAAACCACUGCGGCGCUCUUGGAACGAACGACGGCGCGGUUCCCGUCAACCCGCUGGGCGUGCUGGAGAAGUGGGUUGAACAGGGCGAAGCGCCAGAGACGAUUCCUGGAGUGGCAACUGACGAGAACACUGGCGCUGUCACCUUCACUCGAAACAUCUGCCGUUAUCCUCUGGUCGCUCGCUAUAAGGGGAAUGGUGACAAGAACGCGGCAGAGAGCUAUGAAUGCGCCCCUGAUUUUGGGUCUCACCACUACUAG